CACCAGAGCACAGCCUUCGAGACCAAUAGUCGCAAAACGGUUAACGCGUGGUGUGCACAAGAAACAUUCUGCCGAACAGCUUUACGAAAAACGAACUAUCGCUUUCGCACGACCGAUCUCGACCAGAUAAUCGAACACGGAAAUUUCGAGGAACCGCGCACGACCGAUCGAUCUUCCUUCGAGGAAGAAAAAACGCUGACGACUGAGUGACUGGAGUCUAUCUACCAGCGAACCAGUGAUAACGUUGGAUGAUAAAAAUCACGAAACGACAGAUCGAAUUUUGUCGCGGCUAACGUAUCAACGUUACCACACGACACGAGAGAUCGUUCAAGGAAUUUUCCCUGUGACCACGAACGACUACUAGUUGAAUAUCUAGAAGAAGGAACAGCAUCAUCAGCAGGGAGACUUUCGAUCACACGAUAAAGAGGAUCAAGGGAAUGACGGGAAGGUCCAGCACGAAACGGACGGGCCUGUGUCUGUUGGCACUGUUGUUGUCCUGCCUCUCCAACGACGUUUUCGUCGUUGGAGAACCGGAGCCGAUACCGUCGGAGCUCCUCUAUAGCAAAAACUUCAUCAACAACGCUGAGAAUCUCAUAUUACUGAACAAGCUGAAGCAAGUGAUCGAUGAGAAGGAGGAAAUAGCAGAGCAGGAAAAGACACUGGACGACGUACAAAUGAUGCUUCAAACGGUACUGGAAGAGAGGGCGAAAGACGAUAUGAGGAUUCCACCGGGUGAUUACUCUGUCGAGGAGAUACCAACACCGAAUCCCCCGCAUAAACAGGUGCAACGUUCCGGAAAGCGUACCUCGAUAAGCUAUAUGACCUUGUGUCACUUCAAGAUCUGCAACAUGGGACGCAAGCGACAGUUACGCGAGUAAACGAUAAACAGAUCGUUUGCUGAUGACGGCCAUAUCGAGAUUGGUCGAGCCUCUUGCGCGGUGCACCCUCUGACUCGAACACGAUACGAAACCCGCGUGCAAACGAGAAGAAACUGGACCAGAGGUCGCACUCGGAUCUCCGAACGGUGCUCGCGACGCAGCGGUUAAAUACCAGGAAAGGCGACGAUCCAUCAUCGAUCGGUCGAUACGUUCCUUCUAAAUUUUUCACCGAAAUUUCCAACUUGAUCGGCCGGCUGUCAUCCAACUCGCAAAACAAUCGCGACUCUGAUUCUGUGACUUCGACUCCGAUAUCGAUUCCAACUCUCAUUGAACGUUUUUCAUGCAAUUUAUCUACGACACCUUGCAGCCAUUCAAACGCUUUCGAACCGCUUAAACGGCUUUGCACGCGACGAAUCAAUUCCAAUCCGAAUCGCUUUGAGAGAAACGAGAGGCAAAGAAAAGUACAAAAAAAAGAAAAAAGGAAACAGAAAUGAAACGAAAGGGAAAUAUCGUAUCCUCGUGUACAGUUUGCGAGAUGUACAUCAUGUUCCGCUCUUGUGCCGAGAGAUGACAAGGAAGAAAUAAUUAUUUCGCGAUCGAAUUUCUGUCGCACGAUCGUGUAACUUCCUAAGUAAAGAAAGCAAUUACAAUGCUUGAGUUUUUCAAAUAUAUCUACAUAUGUAUCCAAAAAUUGCAAGUGGUCUUAUAGAACGAAAAGUGAACGGUUACUAUUUUAUCAAAAUGGAUACGAGUUCUCGCUGCAGAUCGAAUAUCGAACGAGUAUCGGACUGUUCUGUUUGCACCGCGACGACCUCUUCGAGCUACUUGUUCGAUAGGAAUGAUUGAUAGACAAAAGUGUUCGUCCCGACUGGUUCGGGCGAAUUCCUCGUCCCUUCCUCCCCCAUCACUGAAAACACAUCGUGGAUGCAACAACAAUGACAGCAAAACACGAUCGGAUGCACGCGUUUCGCUCGUAAUAUUCAGCAGUAUCAUCUCAUUCGACCGAGGACAUUGCAUUCGCGGCUGAAUAAUUAUUUUGUCCCGUUUAAUUGAACGAGAACGCAAUAAAAUUAGGUAUUUCGACGAAGCUUAGUGGCUAAUUACCACUUCGGACGACUCACUAAUCUCUCCGAAAAAGAAACUAUAGUCUGUAAAAAGUUGCUCCUAGACGAUAUACCCGGGUAUAGAAUUAGCAGACAGACAGUUGGACGGACGGACGGACGGAUGGACAAACACAGAGGAAGAGAAGAGAAGAAAGGAAGAAUGAAAUUUUUGGAGAGUGGAGUUACCUCGACGAGCCAUCGAUAGAAAUCGAAAUGGCGAAUAGGUAUUUAUUCGUUAGGUUUAAGUGAGAAGGGUGCAAAGGCCGAGGCUCCAAUAUUCUCGAAACUGUCUUCUUUAAGGAACACAAACGAAAAGAAAGAAAAUAACGAAAACAAUAGUAAGAAAGAAGAAAAAUUACUAUCACAUGACGUGUACAACUAUAAAGAAUAUGGUCCUUCAACUUAGUGAUCUACAAUUUGUUACGGUACUUGUUUCAUUAUAAUAUGUAAGUUCAAGCUACGACAUACUCACAGAAAUAGAAUGUAAACGUUGCUAUUCGCUAAUUAUGAUUUACGACUCUUUUCCUAAUCGCACGCCUCUUGGCAAACUGUACAUCCUUUACUAUCCUAGAACCGUUAAAAACAAUUGAUACGUUUAGUAGAAAGUAACAAAAGGAAAAUAUGUAUAUACAAAGAGGAACAUGAGAAAUGAACGACUACGAGAUCUCAGGAAAAUAACAGAGACAGAAAAAGAGAGGCCGCCUGCACCCUUCGUUAAAUUAUUUAUAAUCGUUUCGUAAAAAGAAACGCACCAAGUUUAUAUGUAAUCUUUUUAUGCGUCACUUUUUAUUUAUUUAGCACCGGUGAAUUCGUUACUUUUUUAGUAGCUCCUGAUCCUGAAAACGCAUUGUCGUUUACCUCAAAAUGUUUUGUACAUGACUAGAAUACUAUCAAUUGUUUUCUACAAAUUUUAUUUUUAUUAUUUAUAAUUUAAAUACAUUCUACGUGCAGUUAUAUUUAAAACUGUCGUAAAUCGUCUAUUUGUUAAAUUACAUUGCUCUUAUACGAACACAUUGCUAUAAUUAGAACGUUUAGAAAUAUUUCGACUCCAAGAUAAACCGAAUUUAGCAAUGAUUUCGUUGUAUAUCGUGCACCACUUUCAAAACGCGAUCAACUAAUAACUUUGCAUCAUUACGGCCUCUAAUAACAAUGUAAUACAACAAUAGCAACAAUAAAAUGUGUAGUCGUACGAGCAUGUAUAUUCGUAAAUUUAUUGUUUUUCUUGUAUGGAAUUGAUCGAGACUUCUCGAUACUUUGAAAUAAAUCUCGUGAAAACAAA